CCAUCAUGAAUGGUGGUAUUAAACGUUACAGAGAGUGAGAGUGGCAUCUUUGUUUUUGUUCCCAAGAUUCCUCUUCUAAACUAUCUCUCCCCACAAACUUUUCUUUUCUUUUGCUUCAACAAACAAACUCAGAUUAUUAACAGGUGAACUCUCACAGUCUCACUCCAUCAUGUACUAGUUAUCAACUUCCAGCAAACUGAAAUGGGAGAAUCCAAGUACAUCUUCUUGGCAUUUCUACUGGUUUGUUCAGAACUCCAAAGGGCAUGUUCACAUGGUGAUCAUCCUCUUUCAAAAGUUUCUGUUCAUAAGGCAACAGUAUCCCUUCUUGACCUUGCUCAUAUCAAAGCAUCUCCAUCACUUCUUGGACUACAUGGACAAACUGCAGAGUGGGUCACUGUGGAGUAUAGUUCUCCAAUUCCAUCAAAUGAUGAUUGGAUUGGAGUGUUCUCUCCUGCAAACUUCAGUGCUUCCACUUGUCCAAAAGAAAAUAGUAGGGUUUUUCAACCACUGUUGUGUUCAGCGCCCAUUAAGUAUCAGUAUGCAACUUACUCAAAUCCCCAGUACAAUGUAACUGGAAAAGGCCUUCUGAAGCUUCGGCUUAUUAAUCAAAGAUCAGAUUUCUCAUUUGCACUGUUCUCUGGUGGCUUGUCAAAUCCAACACUAGUGGCAGUGUCAAAUAAAAUAGCUUUUGCAAAUCCAAAAGCACCGGUUUACCCUCGCCUGGCACUAGGGAAGUCAUGGAACGAGAUGACUGUAACAUGGACAAGUGGAUAUGGCAUCGGUGAUGCUGAGCCUUUUGUUGAAUGGGGUCCAAAAGGAGGGAAUCAUAUACAUUCACCUGCUGGGACACUCACUUUCACUCGUGAUAGCUUAUGUGGUUCACCAGCAAGAACUGUAGGAUGGCGUGACCCUGGAUUCAUACACACCAGUUAUCUGAAACAACUAUGGCCCAACAGAAUGUAUGAGUACAAGAUAGGACACAAGUUAAACAAUGGUACAUAUAUUUGGGGUGAAAAUUAUCAGUUUAGAGCAGCUCCUUUUCCUGGACAGAAAUCUUUACAACGUGUAGUCAUAUUUGGUGAUAUGGGGAAGGAGGAAGUUGAUGGUUCUAAUGAAUACAACAAUUUCCAGCAUGGCUCAAUUAACACUACACAGCAGCUUAUCCAGGACUUAGAAAACAUUGACAUGGUUUUCCAUAUUGGAGAUAUAUCAUAUGCAAAUGGAUACCUUUCUCAAUGGGAUCAAUUCACAGAACAAGUGGAGCCAAUUGCAUCAGCUGUGCCUUACAUGAUUGCAAGUGGGAACCAUGAGAGAGACUGGCCUGGGACAGGGUCCUUUUAUCAGAACAUGGAUUCUGGAGGAGAAUGUGGUGUCUUGGCAGAGACUAUGUUCUACGUCCCGGCUUCAAACAGGGCAAAGUUCUGGUAUUCAAUUGACUAUGGCAUGUUCCGCUUCUGUGUUGCUGACACUGAACAUGAUUGGAGAGAAGGAACAGAACAAUACAAGUUCAUUGAGCAUUGUUUGGCAUCAGUUGAUAGACAAAAACAGCCAUGGUUAAUUUUCCUUGCACAUAGGGUACUUGGUUACUCUUCUUGUAUCAGUUAUGCAGAAGAUGGAUCCUUUGGUGAACCAAUGGGGCGAGAGAGCCUUCAAAAGCUAUGGCAGAAAUACAAGGUGGACAUUGCCAUCUAUGGCCACGUGCAUAACUAUGAGAGGACCUGUCCCAUAUACCAGAAUAUCUGCACUAAUGAUGAGAAACACCAUUAUAAGGGAACCUUAAAUGGGACCAUACACAUUGUUGCUGGUGGUGCUGGGGCAUUCCUUUCAACAUAUACAUCCCUCAAAACCAAAUGGAGCAUCUUUAAAGACUAUGAUUAUGGUUUUGUAAAACUAACAGCAUUGGAUCAUUCAAAUUUGGUGUUUGAGUACAAGAAGAGCAGAGAUGGCAAGGUUUAUGACUCCUUCAAAAUAUCACGGGAUUAUAGAGACAUCUUGGCCUGCACCAUGGACAGUUGCUCGAGUGUAACACUGGCGUCUUGAUUUUUAAUGAAAUUGUCAAAGCUUCAAUGUUAAAGAAGUGUGUAGAUUAUCUACCACAAGCAGAUAUAUGUGUAUAUCAAUAUAGUUGCAAGGGUCACCUUGACCAAUCUGGCUUUUGAUGUAAUGCACAAUCAAUUUAUCGCUGUUGAAGUUUAAGCUGGAAGCACUUUCUUGUACCUAAAAUAGAAUAGGAAGGAGAAAUACAAUGCCACACAAGCUAUCCCAGUAAUUACCAAAACCCAAUGGAAUCCAGAUGGAUAGUCAAAAACUGUUGUUUCAAAGUUCAUUCCAAAUACUCCUGCCACAGCAGCAAAUACUGCAGCUACCAAUGUAGCUGCUGUAAGAAGUAACUCAAACUGUAUCAGGCGGUUUUGAAUAUUUCCCUGUAAUAGAUAGAGUGAAAAGUAACUAUCUCUAGUUUGCAGAGUUUAGAGUAUAAAAGAAAUAAAGGAAUGGACAGCAGAAUGUUGCAGAUUAUUAA